GGAGCUCGCCGGCGGAGCUGCCGCCUACCACGCCGCUCAACCUGUCGUGCUCGCCGCUGGCGGCGCCGGCGGUGGCCGGCCGCUUCACGCUGAAGAUCCCCAGCGUGCCGGGCGCGCCGGCGCCGCCCGACGACAACGGCACCGACGUCUCGCCGCGCCUCGAGUCCGAUGACGGCUCCUGGCUGGAGUGGGAGCAGAAGGAGAGCCGCAGCAAGCCGGCCAGUCCGCCUUCGGUGUCUGCAAACGUCUCCCCUCCAGAUGGGGGCAACGCGGAAGGCGGACCGGUAUGGAAGAGUUUGCUUCCAAAGCCAAACCGACGCAUGCUGCCCGUCAAGUGUCCGGAAUGCAGUAAGCUGAUAAGCAACGCCUACAACCUGCGUGUGCACAUGGACCUGCACAAGCACCUGACGUACGUCUGCUCCAUCUGUUCGACGCCGACCCGUUCGCGCGAUACGCUCCGCAAGCACAUCACCAACAUACACAAGGUGAAGGGCGAAGCUCUGCGAGAGAUGCUGGACCACGGCAUCGUCUCGUCGGAGGGACCCGGCCCGCAGGUGGCCGCUGCGGACGAGUUGAAGGGCCGGCUGAAGCAGGAGGAGCUGACGGCCGACGAGAGCGGCGAGGCGUCGCCGUCGGCGAUGGACGCGGACGUCGUUGCGCCUGCGGCUGUCAACAACUGCUGAGCGGCAGAAGUAGUGCGGUUAACCUGAAGCCCUGCAGCCACCCUCCCCGGCAGCUAGUUGCUAGUCGUGGCGGUAGCGGCGCCUUGAACACGAGCCAUCGACCCUAGUCACGAUACAUUCCUAGUCUUCCGCAAGUGAGCCUCCCGGCCGGUAGACGUCCGGCCCAGUACACGUCCACGUCAGGUAUGAAGCCAUAGGUAACGUGUUUUGACAUUCCCUAGUGCCCGAGUGACCAUUCCUUCAGCGAACCAGUACCCAUUCCCUCUGGCACCUGAUGUAGCCCUGUAGUUGAGGCCCGAGGUGCAGGCCCCAGGCGUCCCGCUCAAUGGCUCCUUGCAGCUGCCAGUCACAGACCGGCAGUGUCGUGUAUUUAUUCGUACCCUAUACGGGGCUUUGAUAUCCUAUCAUAGCAGAAUCGUGUGUAUAAAGUUUUGAUUUGCCGUUUUUCAUUGGGGAAUUGUGUGAUUUGUUCUAGUCCAUAUGCAAUCAAAAGACAGCCUAUGAUGGCUAACUGUCGUUGAUUGUUGAGUAGUUGUCGUUUUGCAUGACGUUACCUAAUUGAGCCUGCACAUUGGUUUUACUGAAUUGCAUCAGCGAUUGUGUUGUCCGACUCUUUACAAAAAGUGUCUGUCGCCUAUAGGGAUGCAUUGGUCCUCAUGUUCGACAGAUUCGCCGGCUGCUGUUAUGUUUUUUUGUUUGUUUUGGAACCUGAACAAUGAGACUGUUACAUUUCGGACGAUUAGUGUGUAGGUAGGGGUAUUUGUGCAGUGUGUGAAGUUUUGCUGUGUCGUCUGUCUAGUCAUUUGUAAUUGUUAGCUUUCAAAAAUGGAAGUAAGUAUGUAUCUACGUCGAAAAUUACGCAUGGAGCAUCGUUUGCAAACGUGAUCUCUCUCCGCCCCCCAUCGCUCCGAGUCUUUGUAUGGACUCGUCGGUCGUCACACCAUGGCGGUGUUGGUGGAUCCGUCUCCUCGUCCUGCCGCCAUAACCCCUGUGCCUCGACACGGUGUGUUCAGUUAAUUAGUGAACCAUGCUGCGUCGCUCCACAUCGCCAUUGUAAUCAAGUCUUCAUUUAAUAUGGGUUGUGAUUGCCUGCCCGAUUCUGACACUCCUGUAGCUGCAGCUCAAACCAACGGUGGCCUUAAGAUGUGCCUUAUGCGUUUGGCGGUUUGAUAGGAGUACAAACGUCUGGAACCAAUGCUGCUGAUGACCUUGACCUGAUGUUGAUGCUGACGGCCUGCUGAUGGCACGCCUUUGCGUUGCGGGAAGCGCUGGUCAGUUGUGCGUUGGGUGCACCGUUUUCCCUUGAACCUGACUGGUCUGGGCGACGAAACCCUAGUUGUUGAUCACUGCGUAGGGCUUCCAAGUUAGACAAAAUAGUUGCAUGUCUUCCUUGCGCGUUUGUGAAGCCGUUUAUUGCCGUCGUGCAACAGGCCAAUAGCGAAUGUUUGCCAUACGCGCCACGCACCAAAAUUUUA